UCCGGGCGCGCUGGUUGUCUGUCCGUCAGCUGUGAUGACUCCCGUGAGGACAGGACGGGACGGUAUUAUGAGCAGAGGGGAUCCCGCUGUGUAAUGAUGGUUUGUGAGCAGCUGAACGGGUGAGAGGCUCUUCACGUGUGUGCUGGUGGUGUUAGAUUAGUGAUUUUAGCCUUUAGUCGAGUGUUUUUUCACCUUAGAGUAGCUUCUGUGUCACCUUUUUUUUUUUUCUUUUUUGAAAAACCCUCCGGUAGUUUUUUUUUUUUCUUUCUUUUUUGGAGUUUCCACUUUCCAGGACAAUGACACCGGUGUGUUUUAAUUUUGUGCUGGGAUAGCGAGACAUGUCCGGCAGAUAGGGUGCGUCUGGUCUCGCCUAAAAGCAGCCGGCACCACCGGACAUUUUUUACGCAGAGGACGGAGACCGGAGGACGGAGACGCAACAUGUUUGACGCUUCAGGGAUCCCUCUGUUCGUCCUGGACAUAACCUGUCUUAUCCUGGUUGGACUUCCAUUUUUCAUCCUUACCCCUCAACACAACCCUUUCAAACGGGGUUUCUUCUGCAACGAUGAGUCCAUCAGGUACCCUCUCAAAGAGGACACCAUAUCAUACCAGCUGCUGGGAGGGGUCAUGAUCCCUUUCACUCUGAUCGUGCUCAUCUGUGGCGAGUGCCUUUCUGUUUACAUGUCCCGCAUCAGGAACCAGUCUUUGGGGACCAAGUACGCGGCGUGCGUCUACAAAGCCGUGGGGAGCUACGUGUUUGGAGCUGCUGCGAGCCAGUCUCUGACAGACAUAGCCAAGUACUCCAUCGGUCGCCUGCGCCCAAACUUCCUGGCUGUGUGCAAUCCAGUCUGGGAUCGCAUCAACUGCAAAGCCGGUGGAUACAUCGAGAACUUCAGCUGCAACGGAGACAGAUUCCAGGUGGACGAGGCCAGACUGUCCUUCUACUCCGGCCAUUCAUCCUUCUCUAUGUACUGCAUGCUCUUCCUAGUACUGUACAUUCAAGCCAGACUGAGGUCGGAGUGGGCGAGGCUGCUGCGUCCCACCAUCCAGUUCUUCCUGAUUGCGACUGCUGUGUACGUGGGUCUGUCCCGGGUGUCCGACUACAAACAUCACUGGAGCGAUGUGCUCGCUGGCCUCCUGCAGGGCGGUUUGGUGGCUAUUCUCACAGUUUUCUGUGUAGCCAGUUUCUUCGAGCAACCAGUGGAGCCGGUGGUGACACAGGAGGAAGACGCCUCACACACCAGUUUACAGGAAAACCCAUCCAAUGGAAACCACUAUGGCAGCACUGACUGACUCUGAGGGCCUCAAAGACAAAAACUGUAUCAGGGCCCUUUAUCCCUUAAAAAAACAGUCACGGAGACACCCAAAACCCACACUGACCUGCAAGUUUUUGAUAUUAACUGCCAACUGUUUCUGUGCAUUUCUUCUUCGGAGUUUGCCCGCAUGGAGCCAUCGCUGCAGCCUGCAGGCAUUUAACUGCUGCCCUUUGGUGUGGCUGGUAAAUUUUAAUUACAGGAAGAAAAGUGCACGACAGGAGACAAUACUUGCACUCUAAUGAGGUUUAAAGAUUCAGAAGUGUCUGCUGAGAUUUGGGGGAGUAGUUUAUUGUGGAAUGACAAAACGAAAUACAGCAUGUUGGGUUUACCUUACAAAAAAGUUGCUUUUUUUUUUCUUUUUUUUUUUUUUACAGUGUGAGCUUGUUGGAAAUGUGGUUUCUAGUGUAUGUUGGUCUGGUGUUGCCAUCGCGAAUGAAUGAAAUUCCUUUUGCCCAGAAUAUAAUGAGCGUCUGUGUGCACACUGCAAGCAGGCUUGUAGGGAGUCUGCCACCUGUGAAUAAGAAAACCUGGACUGUCCUUAAACUAAAAAAUGGAGACUGAACUCAGAAAUGACAUAUUUCUUGUUCAUAUUUUUUGCCUUAGUCAGAUUGCUGCUACCUGCUGUUUUGUAUCUGGUGUAAUUUCAGGAACGGCAAACACAAUGCAUCGAUUUUUAUUUCUUUUUUUACAGUUUGUACGAAGGUCUUUGUGAUUUUGUUCCAUGCUGAAGCUUCAAACUGUUUGUUUAGAGCAGUGCUGGGGGAAGAUGUGUGACAAAUAAACAGAGCUCCAUUUUGCUACAAAAGGAGGAGAGUCAUU